UGGUAAUAUUUACAUACAUAUUAUUGGAAUGUCGCAUGAAGCAUUUUUGCGAACGGCUUUGACUAAGUAUAAAUAUUUUGAUGCCACCAAAAAUGAACUUUUGAAGAUUAUGAAAUCAUUUAACGAUUUAAGACCUGCAUCAAAGAAUUUCGUCUUUAACGAUGGCGUAUCCAAAGAUUUGGUUUGUCUGGAGGGUACAAUUCCUGUUUCAUACAAAGGAAAAAUGUACAACAUUCCAAUAUGCAUCUAUUUGAUGGAAACUCAUCCAUACAAUCCUCCAAUGAUUUAUGUCAAACCAACCCAGUCUAUGCAAAUAAGACAAGGAAAGCAUGUAGAUGCUAACGGGAGAGUUUAUCUACCUUAUUUGCAUGAGUGGAAAUAUCCGCAAUCGGAUUUAAGCGGACUAAUCCAAAUGAUGUCUAUGGUGUUUGGCGAGGAACCGCCCGUGUUUUCAAAGCCGACUGUGCUUCCUGCAAAUAAUCAAAGCAGUAGACUGCCAUAUCCGAUCGGCAAUAACAUGCCAAUGCCAUCAUACGCCACUGGAAAUAAUCAACCAGCCCAGUUCGUUCCCAGUUCUAACUUACCGUAUCCUACCUAUACACAACCUCCGUAUCCUCAACCACCUUUUGCCGCACAACCAUUACAUUCAAAUCACUCAGUGGGUGCCAAUAUCAGUCAUCAAGCUGCUACAAGUUCAUUUAACAAUGUCCUGAGUGAAGAAGAAAGAAAAUUAUCGUUGUUAUCGGCUGUAGAAGACAAAAUGAAAAAAAGGUUGAAAGAAAUUUUAGCACAAGGGCAAGCAGAAAUGGAAACAUUAAAAACAACACAAGAAGAUUUAGAAAAAGGUCGUAAAAAGUUGGAAGGAAUAUUCAACAAAAUUGAGCAGGAACAAAUGAAACUAGAGUCAGAUGUUCGAACGAUGCAAUCCAAAGCUACCGAAAUAUCCCAAGUACUCAGCAGAAUGAAAUUGUCAGAGGAUGUGCUGAUCGACGACAUCAUUGUUCCCGUUGCUCCUCUUUACAAGCAAAUUCUGGCUGCAUUUGCAGAGGAACAGUCAAUUGACGAUGCCAUUUAUUACUUGGGUGAGGCACUAAGAAGGAACGUCAUCGAACUCGACGUCUUUCUUAAGCAAGUCAGAGAACUGAGCAGGAAACAAUUUCUUUUGCGAAUGACCAUUAACAAAUGUCGUCAGAAAGCUGGAUUUGUUGAAGUUUAUUGAAGGAAAUUAUGAAAAAUGCCGAUUGACAGCUUUUAUUGCUUCGUAAUUAAACCCCAAAUACAUUGACAUUUAUUUUUUAAUAUAUUCCGAACAAGAACUAUUAAUUCUAAAGUGAAAUUUAAUUGCUUCAGUUUGAAAUCAAAUCAUUUAAAAUUAUUUUCAACCCAUUCAAUUAAUUAAUUAAAAUUUAGCAUAAAAGUUGUGUCGUUAAUAAAUAAACCAGAGUGUGAUUUGAUCA